CACACUCGCGUGGUAUAACUGGACUGACAAAAAUGGGAAAGGUAAAGCAAUCCAAUGAGGAAAAUAAUUUUCUAUGAAGACAAGAAUUUUGAGGGUCAUCAGUAUGAAUGCAGUGGUGAUUGUGCAGAUAUGCUCUGCUAUCUUAACUGCUGUAACUCCAUCAGGGUGGAAAAUGGAUGCUUCAUGAUCUAUGAACAACCACAUUUCAGUGGCCAACAAUACCUGCUCCGUAAAGGAGAGUACCCCGAGUAUGAGUGCUGGUUGGGAAAAAAUGACUUUGUCUGCUCCUGUCGUGUUAUUCCCAUGACACAGGGAUCUACCCAUGAGGUGAAGCUUUUUGAAAGAAUGGAGUUUGGAGGUCAAAUGAUGGAUCUUGUGGAUGACUGCCCUAAUGUGAUGAACAUUUUCCAUACAAACAACAUAUUCUCCUGCAAGGUAGUAGGUGGAAACUGGCUCUUCUAUGAAAAUUCUAACUACAGAGGCAGGAUGUACCUUAUAAGGCCUGGAGAAUACACCAGAUUUACUGAAUGGGGAGGCAAGAGUGCCUGUGUGGGUUCCAUUAAACGGAUCAUUGAUUAAUAGAGUGAACUUUACUUAGAGCAGCCAGCAGAGAUGAAGAAUGGUAAAGUAAAAUUGAAAGGGAUCUUGAUUUUGUCCAUUGAUGACCAACAGAUCCUAUAUUUGAGAAGCAUUUUACAGUACCUCUGUUACUAGAUUUAUAAUCCACUAAAUAUUCUAUUUUUUAUUAUUUGUUUAUUAUCAAUGUGAUAUACAGUACACCGUUUAUAAAAACAGUAAUUAAAUGUAUUUGAUAACUGGAAAGCACAUUUCACUUACUCUGAUUUAUAGACUUAACAUUGGCAAUAUCAGCUUGUGUUACUCAACAUGGGUUUGCAAGCUUCUGUAGUCUCUGUGCUUUUAGUUAUAGAUUAUAAUUCAUAUAAUAUAUAAUGUAUUUUCAUAAGUUUUGAGAAAAUUAUUAUUAUUCCUUUAUUUUUGGUAAAAAAAAUGUAAUUCAUAGUGGACAGUAACUUUUUAAUAAUCUAAGUGUCUUUCUACUGGGAAAUACCAUAACAUACUAAUUAAACAAAUGCCAAAGCCUAAAUAUGACUUCCUUUUUAUUUUAUUUUUAUUUGGUUUCUCUAAUGCUUCACAACCAAUUAUUACAUGAUCUAGAAUUGUGCAGCUCACAUCCAGAGUUGGAUUUUACAGAGUUAUACAAACCAUUCAUUAGUCAAUUGAUAUCUUUCUAUAACAGGUUUUCCCAAACAGAAUUUCCUGAAGCCCUGGGAGUUCGUAAAGUAAAGCCCAAAGUAUAGUUCAAUUUUGAUGCGAACACUCAGCAGCUGCAUACAGUACAUUUGAUAAGAUUGCAAAAAUCAAGUACUUGGAUUUAAUUACAUUUUAAAA